UCUCUUUACUUCUCGAAAGUCGCCGGUUUUUCUCCGACCGGCCUCCGAGGUCCAGUUUCUUCCCUAAAUCCCUCCCUCUCCUUCCGCAUGUCUCAAGUUCCCGAUUUCCUGGUGCAGAUCCUCGCGUUUAGGACAUAUACGAUGCAUUUCCCCUAAUUAUUUUGUUGCUUUUUCACGGAAUCAUUCGAAUCUAGGGAUUUCUUGCAGGGAUUUCGUUCCUGAUGCUUUAGGAUUUCCGCCGAUGUUUGUUGCCCCACACUGAGAGAGAGAGAGAGAGAGAGAGAGAGAGAGAGAGAGGACAUGAAUAAUCCGAUGAUGGGCGGCGGCUUGCUCCCUGGUUCGGCCACCGGGAUCCUUGACCUUGACCCCUCCGUCAGUCAGUGCCACCACCACGCUCCCACCCACGCCCACGCCCACUCCCACAUCCAUCCGGUCUUCGGAGGAGGCCUCGACUCGGACCGCCAGAUGGCCUCACUCUUUGUCCCCUCCUCCGUGGGCGCCGCGACAAGCGACGACGAGGACCACUUCCCUGCCGUCGCAGGCGAGGAGGACGGCCACGAUCCCGACUCCCUGCCUGCUUCCGAGGCUGGCGGCAGCAAAAAGGCUUCGCCUUGGCACCGCAUGAAGUGGACUGACGAAGUGGUGCGGCUGCUGAUUUCAGUGGUGGCGUUCGUCGGUGAUCACGACGACGGUAGUCUGGAGAUCCUCAACGGAUCAGUAGCGGCUCGGAGGAGGCACGGGGCCUCCCUCCAGAAGAAGGGAAAGUGGAAGACGGUGUCGAAGUUAAUGCUGGAGAAGGGCUGCUAUGUUUCGCCCCAGCAGUGCGAGGACAAGUUCAAUGACCUCAACAAGCGAUACAAGCGGCUCAACGAGAUCCUUGGACGAGGGACAUCCUGUCAGGUGGUCGAGAAUCCUCACCUUUUGGAUUCAAUGUCUCAUAUCUCUCCGAAGGCUAAGGAAGACGUGAGGAAGAUCUUAAGCUCCAAACACCUCUUUUACCGGGAAAUGUGCGCAUAUCACAAUGGGCAGAGGAUACCGAAUUGCCAUGAUAUCGAUUUGCAGGUCUGUGAUGUCCCAAAAGUCGCUAUUUCCAAGGAUGGUGAUGGUCAUGCAAACGAUGAAGAUGGAGAUGAUGAAAAGGAUGGUGAUGAUGGGGAUCAUGAUGACAGGAGCGAUGAAAUGGGCAACAAGGGUUUAGAGAGCUUCAGGGCCGAGAUGGAUGCGGUGCUUCAUGACACAACAAAGUCACCAUGGGAACAGAGGCAGUGGUUUAAAGGACGUGCAUUGCAGCUUGAAGAGGAAAGGGUGGAGAUUGAGGCUGAAGCACUGGAACUGGAGAAGCGACACUUCAAGUGGCAGAGAUUCCGUGGCAAGAAGGAUAGGGAGCUCGAGAGGCUGAUGCUGGAGAAUGAGAGAUUGAAAUUGGAAAAUGAGCGCAUGGCAUUGCAAGUGAGGCAGAAGGAGCUGGAGCUGGAUAUCCUGAGAUCCAUGGACAGGGAGCAAGACAUCCAAAGGAACUAGCUACAGCAACUGCAAGCUUUUGUCUUAAUUGAGAACUCAGUGAAAUGGACUAUUAUACUUUUUCAGUUACAGCGACAGCAAUAGGUCUUCAAAUGUUGUGCCCGGCCUAUGAACCUGCUCUAAAUCUUUCAGUUUUCAUGAAGAGACAUGUUCCUUGAUGUUUUAUAUUGUUUGCUUAAUGUCGAUUGCAGAAGAUGGCGCCAAAUACUGUGUUUUUUUAUCGUUCUCUAGGUGGUUAGAUUUCUGUAGGACCAAGUAGUCAAUGCUUGGGAAAGCUUCUAAAUUCUUGAGGCACCUGCAUAUUUCCUUGUUAAAUAUGCCUAUCAAUCUAAAAGGUGUUUGGAGAAACAUGUUCCUUUCUAAAGGUCAGUCACCUCCUUCAGAAAUCUGAUCCCAGUAGCUAUAGUUUUCAAGAGCAAACAAGAAUGGUUGUGACCUAACUGAAGAAUCAAUCCUCCUUUGUUAAAAGAGGUUUUCUGUAUUGAAUGAACCAUCUGAGUAACAUCAUGGUUCAUCAAUGAGAUAAAAUGAAACAUGGGAUGCAAUAUAUGCAUGAUAGCUUGUGAAUCAGAUGUGUAGUUGUUACAGGUAGUUUUGAAAUUAGAAGGUUGCUGCAGACCUG